UCUUAUACAAAAAGGUGUUUUGAUAAAACAGCUUUUAGGUAAACGCCGAUAUUCAUUAUUAUUAUCCUGUGGUAGGUCGGUGUCCGUUACAAUAUUUACGCGUACAAUAUUCUCAUGCUUAUCAUGCCUCCAUGUGUUCGAAAUUACUUACUACUCGCAGGAAAAAUAGUUAAUAUUUUCCGGUACAGACGCUUAUCGAAACAUAAGGUUAAUAAUAGUCAGUGAGGUGAUUCGCAAUAACUAUACAUCAUUGACAACUACAAGCAGAGGUACAUAAGGUUAGGGGGACCUAGCCAAUUACAGUCGAAUUUGGAGGUUUUGGGCUCCUUAAGCAGAUUCUGUGCCGCAGUCGUCUGAGUGGUGGUGAUUUUUUCAAAGAGUUCAUCAAGGUGUUGUGCAAAGGUUCUAGGUGCUAAGCUCGUGGAGAAUGUUGAAGAGGAAGACGUCGAUCGACGGUUACCGCAAAUUUCACGUGGUGAAGUUGGGAGCCGGUGUCGACCAGAAAUUCAGCGGAGCCGCGGUGGAAGUGAUUGUGGGUCAAGGAGAUGGAAAUAUCGCGCCCGUUGACGGAGUCCCCUUGGAGUUUAAAGGGGGUUUUCCGCUCGUCGUCGAUCUGCUGAGUCGGCGGCCUGCGUCCCGGAAGAUGUUCGGAAUCGGCGAUGGACUGGUCCGUGAUGUCCUUCAGAUGUUCCGAUCGGCGGUGAUGCUCGAUUCUCUGCCCUUCAGGAACCUCGUUCAGUGGCGAUCGUCUCUCCGUGUUGAAUUAAGGCGAAAGUUCAACCGUGAUGGUGAACAGGGUGCAUGUGAUAACGGUGGUGGCUUGCACGGCCGCCGAAAUCACCCGUCUCCGGUAUUUACCCGUGCCCUUAGGGAAACCGUGCGAAAACCCAAGGGAGAGCGGAUGCACUGAUUCUAAUGUCCACUUUAUAUUGUAAAAGUUCAAUAAAAUAGUUCGUCACGAUUAAGUCUAUUGAAGCGUGCACUCGCGAGCCGGCAAAGUUUGUCUUAUCUAUUUAAACUGUCUAUAUAUUUAUUUUAAACUAUCCCACCGCUGUCACCAAAAUAUGUUACGUCCCGAGAUAGCGGUUUAGGGAGAAAGGACGGUGGGUUGGUGCCCGUGGAGCGCUGAAACGCUCUGCUCGGCGAGGCGCGCAAAAAUCAAACUACUAUUGAUUGCUCGAAAAAGAUUGGUAAAAGUUUAUUCGUCUUAAGCUUGAUUUUAGAUACAAUUCUGUUGACUCUCAAAAUCGAUCUGCUCCUCCGCGGAAAUCUUCUCGUCGUCCUCGGUGUUCAUCCCUUCUCCGGAAUAUUCCUUGAUCCUCCCUCUGGAUUGUCCUGGUCCAAUCGGGGUUCGUGCCUUGCCCCAU